AUUCGAAUCAGUUUUCAAGGUGACUGAGUUCUUGCGCUCUGUUCGAAGCGGGUGUGUGUGACCUUAGGAAUCUUUGCCUUGGUAAGUAGUUGUACUAUUUGCUAUUAUUACGGAUCAAUCUAAUGACAUCUUACUUCUUGCACGUAGUAGUAGAGAAACUCAGGUCAUCCGGCUCCAUUAUCACGACUUAUUUGUUCAUCGGUUUAAUAAAUCAGCAAUUCAAAUUGAAAUACUAAGAUAGAACAUUUGGCAUUCCAAUCAGCAGUCAAUACCUCUUUCUGAAUACGACUGUUGCGUAAUUUUGGGCUGUAAGAUUCACCGAGAAGACUGCGAAAGCUGAUUUAUUCAUCAUGACAUCAAGCUCGCCGCAUAGAUUCUACGGUCGAAUUCUAAACAUUCCUAAAACCUUAUUAGCCUCACAUGUGCGAACGUAUCAAAUUAGACCGCUAAUCAACUCUGGGACGACGCGUAUAUAUCGGGUUUUGACUUUUGGUAGACGAGGUCCGGCUAGACAGGGGAGAAAUGUUGGUCUGAUUGUUCCCUUGUAAACGCGUCUGAGUUGUAGGCGUGAUUAUCUGUGACUGUGAACGCCAAUGAAAAGAAUAAUCUGCCUUUCCUAAAACUGAGUGUUUUAUAUUCUACUGAUUUGGUUUACUGUGAAAUGGGACGUAAAAAAAUCGAGAUAAAAUUUAUCAAAGAUGAAAAGAAUCGACUGGUCACAUUUGCAAAGCGUAAAAGUGGUCUAUUUAAAAAGGCAUACGAGUUGAGCGUAUUGUGUGAAUGUGAAAUUGCUUUACUAGUAUUCACACGCAGCAAUCGUCUUUAUCAGUAUGCUAGUGUUACGGUGGAGCAUGCUUUACAAAGAUUAAAAAAACAUCAUCGUGCAAAUGAAUUUCUUAGUAAUUCUGAUAUGGAAAGGUUAACAAAUCGCCGCAUGAGAUCGAAUUGUAAUGGCGGAUCUGGCGUUAUCCCGUCACAGCCUUGCUCAAAUAUGAAAAGCGAAGAAAACGAGGACGAUGGUGGUGUCGACGAAGAUGAUGAAGACGAUGAUGAUGAGAAUGAUGUGGAUCAAUCUCCCAUUACAAAUAUAAAAAAUAUAAACAAUAACAAUGGUUGUGAUCAAAUUUGUCAACCAACUGACGAUGAUAAACAGAAAUUUGAUCAAAUUGAUAUUCAAUCAAAUGUGAGAUUUGUCGUUGAACCACAGUCUACAUUUGGUAUUCAUCCUCGAAAUUCAAUAAAUACCGUAACAGAAACUCAUAUGAGACCGGUAAGCUCAAUGAGUUUACCACCCAAUUCAUUAAUUUCAUCGAUAAACUCAGUGGAAAAUGAAUAUUUGCCUCAUAUCCAACCUGUUCUUGUUUCUCACAUAUCAUCAGCUACAAAACCUAAUUCCCCCUCUAAUUCCCAACUAAUUCAUUAUCCCAGAUCAUCACAUCAACCAAGUCUGUGCUCCUCCUCAGUUGCCCCAUUCACCUGUAAUAAUAGUGUUAUAAACUCAAAGGCAAUAUUUACUAAUUUACCAAAAUCAACUAGCCAUCCUCCUGAUCACGUAAAUAAUAUUUUAGUAUCAAAACAAUCUUCUAUGCCCUACAUUAUUCAACAUUCAUCUAAUAAUCAAAUAACAUUACCGGUGGAUUGUGCGAAUUUGAAUGAUACACAUUUAGUUGACAAUAAUACUUAUAUGAAUACAUCGUUAAAUCAUUCUUUCCCGCAUACAACUGUUAUGAAUUCAAAUACUUCGGAAAAUUUCUCUCCUAUUAAUAACACAGGUCAAAUGCAGUGUACAUUAUUAACACCAACACCAUAUACCCAAGAUUUAAAAGUUGACCAACCUUUAUUUAUUUUAUCAUCUGUUGUAUCCAAUAAUCAUUCUAAUCAAAAUGUAUUGAAUACAAAUCUAACCUCCUCAGUGAAUAUGGAACCUGAACUAGCUGUCAAACUUGGACCUCCAGAUUUGCCACAUUUAAGUAAUAGACAUGACUAUUCUGAUUCAUGUGAACAACACGAACAAAUAGAUGAUUAUAGAAGUGGUGUAUAUGAAAAUCUUGUCAAUCACUUCACAACAAAUUCAAUUACUAAUCUUGAUAAACCUAUCAUCACUGCUACAACUGAUAGUCCGCUUACUACACCUGUACCCCCUAAUAAACAUUAUGUUAUUUCACAACAAUGUAUCAAUUCCAAUUAUAAUUUAUCAUCGGAAUCAAUGGUAAUUAUUCAAAAAAUUGAUACGCCUACUCAAACAACAUUACCUGAUAUUGUUGAUUUAGAUUGUUUACUAUCAGCUUCAAUACCAUCAACUUUAUUAUGUAAGACUAUAACAGUGACAAAGUCAGAAGUAAGUUGUAUGAAUCAUACCAAUCAUCUAAACAGUACUAGUACUACUAAUACUACUACUACUACUAGUAAUAGUGAUGACAAUAAUUACAGCAAAAAAAAUGUUGCACAAAAUUCCUGUGAUGAAUUAAAUAUGAAAGAAGAAAAUCCACAGCAAGAAGAACAAAAACAGUCACAAAGUCAAUCACGUCAAAAAAGAAUGCCAGCAUUGAAACAUUUGAAAUUACCAUCAACUUGUAGUUCGACAGUUUUACGACAAACUAGCAUACCAAAUGGAUAUUUUUUGUCAACACCAGAAGUGAUCAAUGAACUUGGUCGUUUAGAUGGUCAUCGAAGUAAUAAUAACAAUAACAAUGGCAAUUCAUCGACAGAUUCUCCAGAUACUCAUCACCCACUUUGGCAUACUUUUUCUCCUGCCAAUAUAUUUUACCGGUUAGGAUUACAUCAAGUUUUAUCAUUAUCACCAGCUCCUCCAACAUCUCGAGAGCCUCCUUUAUUUCCUCUCAGCCACAGUCCUCCUACACCUACGUCCAUACCACCAUCAUCGUCAUUAUCGAAUAUAAAUGCUGAAAAUCAAAAUUCAUUAAUCACUCAACCUGUACUUGUUAGUCAGUCAUCAUGUAUAAAUAUGGAUACAGUUUCAGCUUAUUGUGAAUGUAUGUUCUCUAUUUUUUGUGUAUUGUGUUUAAAAUCUUGCCCAUUAUUAACAGUAUUAACUACUAAUUUUUACAUUCUGGACGUUCUCUUUCUUAUUUAAGUUUAAUUAUAAUUUAUCUAAAUUAGAGAUAAAGCUGUCCCAUAAUAAUAUUAUUAUCAUUCAAAAAUUAUAAUUAAUGCGCCUUCAGUUUCGAGCUAUAGUCAACUUAAUACCAAAUAAGUAUGUACACUAUUCGAAGUGAUGUGAUUUAGGAAUUAUUUUAACUGAACAUUUGUUAUAGGAUACUGCAAACCAUGUCAAAAUAGAUCAUUAAUGGCAAGCAAUAUGUUAUGUUAUUGUCACAAUUCUUUUGACAAUAUAGAUUUGUCACUAAUACUAUAUUAUGUUUGAUGAACAUGAUUAGUUACACUAAGAAAGAUGACGGAAUAACUUCACCUUGAAUAGUGUAGAUAUCACAAUCUAUGCUAAUAAGAAACAAAUGUUUCACACUUGUUUUAAUUUAAAAAAUAAGUUUAAAAUUUAUGAUCCCUUGAAUUGAGGAAGAUUUGAGUAAUUCGAUCAUUCACUUCCAACUCCGUAACUUUUCACCUCUGGCUACUGAUAGACAUAUAUAUAUAUAUCACUACAAUAAAUUCCUAAAAUCAACUAAAAAGAGUGAUACACACGUAUAUAUAUUCGUGUCACUUUUUCUUGAAAAAAAAAACACUAGUACUACAAUUAUACGAAUACAGGUUGUAAGCAGCUGAAACGAACUGGUAUCUUUGUUCUUUCAGAAAUAUGGAAGAGUUUGUAUGAAAUUGCUUAAAGAGAAAAACAAACAACUAGUUGGAUACAAAAAAAAAAGAAAUCUAUCGGUUAUUAUUUUUUGUUUCCUAGCUGUUGUAAAUGACACUUUACUAUUUGUUUUUUUUUAUUUUGUUCAAAACUUAAAUCUCUGUGUUCAUAAUAAAGUGGAAAGUACUUUAACUUUUUAUGCAUGCAUAGGUGGUUAGUUAGUUCACUGGUUAUCUAUGUAUGUACUGUUUUUCAUUAGCGAUCAAUACUUAUUCAUAACAUAUUUAUGUUUCAUUCUAUAUGAUACUUUAAUUACUACUUGUCGAAUAUUAUUAUUUUCAGUAUGAGAUCGUGGAGAUUGUUGAGUUUUACUAAAAAUCAUUAGUCGAUACAAGUUCGACCAUCAUUGCAAACCUAGGUUUUUAGUGAGAAGCCGUGACCAAUGGAGUUCAACCGUGUCGGUUGUAAAGCAGUUAUGCACCGAAAACAGUGGAUUAUGAUCGUGUGACAUCGUGGAUUGGUUGAAGCUAAACAUUAACUUCGUUGAGUGUCGACUCAGUGGUCUAGAGGUUAAGCGUUCUUGGGCGAGGCAAAAGAUUCAGGGUAGAAUUCCAUCGUAAAGGAUCAUAGAUGAGCACUACGAAGGAGUCCUAUAUAAGGAAAAAAAGCCGUUUAGUGCUUUCAGAUUUUUAAUCGUGGUCGAGCUUAGAUCGGCUCAUGAUAUUAUUAUUAUUAUCUUCUUAAUUACCCGUCUUCGGUUAUUACAAUUUAAUGUUUGAUGUUAAGUGUUGGGGAGACCGAGAAAAUUCCUCGAAAAAAGUUAAGAGGAGCCCUGAAAACUCUGAGAAACAUCUCAUCCAAUGAACAUUUGUUUGAAGCUUAUCAGGAACCUCUAGAAAGUGAGAAAUCACAUGUCACAUUUCUGAUCGAAUGAUUACUUAUCCUGUUACUAUGUUCCGUAGCGCUCCAAAAAUUUCCAAGAGCCCAAGGCCAUCUAAAAUGCUAUAAAUAACCUAGAUUUUCUGUACAUAAAGGAACCUUGGGAGUAAAGCGUUCUUUCCAUAUUUCGCGCCUUUUGUGUUCAAGCUGCCAUUUGGAUUUAGUCUAUGGUUUACUAGAAGAGCUUAGGAAACCAAAUCAAACGUUCAUUUAGAAGAUAUAUUAUAAAGGCAAUAUCAAAGUAUCAUAGUAGAAUAUGAUAAUUACACAAGUUAUUAAUUACUAUCUUCUAAAAAUGACCCGACACCG